AUUUCUCAGUCCCCCAUCUUAGAGGAAAGGGAAAAGGAGAAGAAAGCUGACGAAAUCUCUCUCUCUCUCUCUCUCUCUCUCCCGCCCACCCACCUGACCGUCGAAUCAGCAGCAACAAAGUGUCACCGUCGCCUUCAUUUCUCAUUCCCCACUCAGCCUGCAACCCAACACACAGAACAACAACAACAACGCACGACUCUGGGGGAAAAAAACGUUCACUCAAUAAUCCCCACUCAAAAGAAUUUCAUCAUCAUCAUCAUCAUUUAUCUUUUCCGCCCAACCCCAAAAUCAAAACCCUCUCCGCUUCAGUUUUUUUUUUUUUUUGGGUACCCAAUAUGGCAAUCUGGGUCGUCGCCGCCAGGAAAUCUGGAGCCACGAUGGCCGCCGCUCGUUGCCUGACGAGGAGAAACAUGGUGAAUGGCGGUGGAAGCUGCUCUGCUUUCCCCAAAUCUCAUUCUCCAAAUGCUCUUGCUGGGAAGAAGGAGAAGGAGAAUUCUUCGGCCUUGUUGGGAUUCUGGAGAUUCAAAUCCACCAAAGCUUCUGCAGCGGCGGCGGUCGAUCAGUUGUAUUCCAGCGACGAAGACGUUACCAAUAACCACCAGGGCCUGGAUUUCCCCGGAGGACACGUGUCGUACACCCAUUCGCUAAACUUCAUCUCCAACUCAUCAACCCAAAACAGAGUCCCCUGCUACAGAGUCCUCGACGACAACGGCGUCCUGAUCCCUGCAGCCGGCGGCGGCAGCAACGCCGGCGACUUCCAAUUCCACCACCACCAACAACCACUGAUCAGCCAGCAAACGGCACUGAAGAUGUACAGAGAAAUGGUGAGGCUUCAGGUAAUGGACACCAUCUUCUACGAAGCACAGAGGCAGGGCAGGCUCUCCUUCUACCUAACCUCCACCGGCGAGGAAGCCAUCAGCGUCGCGGCGGCCGCCGCUCUCACCCCCGACGACGUCGUCAUGCCGCAGUACAGGGAGCCAGGUGUCCUGCUGUGGCGCGGCUUCUCGCUGCGUGAAUUCGCCGACCAGUGCUUUGGCAACAAGGACGAUUACGGGAAAGGGAGGCAGAUGCCGAUUCAUUACGGCUCCAAUAAGCUCAAUUACUUCACCGUUUCUUCCCCUCUUGCUACUCAGAUUCCUCAGGCUGCUGGCGUGGCGUAUGCGCUGAAGAUGGAGAAGAAAGAUGCAUGUGUCGUCACGUUUUUCGGCGAUGGUAGCUCUAGCGAGGGAGAUUUUCAUGCUGGAUUGAACUUUGCGGCCGUGACGGAAUCUCCUGUGUUAUUCGUCUGCAGGAACAAUGGCAUCAGGGUCGACGGGAAUGAUGCUCUUGCUGUCUACAAUUCGAUUCGGGCCGCUCGUGAAAUCGCGGUCAAGCAAGGAAAACCCGUACUAGUCGAGUUUCUGACGUAUCGAGUAGGACAUCACUCGACGUCCGACGAUUCGACCAAGUACCGCCCCGUGGACGAGAUCGAGUACUGGAAAGCGAUGAGAAACCCGGUGAACAGGUUCCGGAAGUGGGUCGAAGGCAAUGGCUGGUGGAAUGAAGGUGAGGAAUCGGAGCUGAGAAGCGCGACCAGGAAACAACUGUUGCAAGCGAUUCAAGCGGCGGAGAGAACCGAGAAGCCUUCUCUCGAUGAAAUGUUCCGCGACGUUUAUGAUGAAACGCCGUCGAAUCUUCGCGAGCAACAUGAGCAGCUUCGAGAGAUGAUCAAAAGACACCCUGGAGAUUACCCUUCUGAUGUUCCUGUCUAGAACAUGCAUUUUGUGCAUUUUUUUUGUUGUUCUUGAAUUCGGUAGGAAGAAUCACUAGCUAGAUGCCAUGUUUCCUAAUUGUAGGCAGCAUGGAGGGUAUUAGAAAUGCAAGAAAGAAAGUGGUGUGUGGAUAUAUAUGUUGAAGUUGUAAAUGAAGUCAUUAUUUCUAUUUCUGUAUAUAAGUAUCAUAAGUAAGAAUGUAAGAUCAAUAAAAUUCUCCUUCUAUUUCUGAGAGUUUGUCCAGAUUGAUAACACAUUAGCAUUGCAGUUUGGUGUGACGGAUUCGGAUGACCUCCCCGUCGAAAUUGGACUCGCAGAUACACAG